CGGUGAAUUUUUGUCAUUGGCGACCUUUAUCAGCUGUCUUGAUUGAUGUGAAAUUCACUUCUAACUGUGAUAGAUCCCCGCGACUGUUUAAUCGAAGUCGCCACUGCAAUUUCAAUCCGCAUAGAGAAGAGGAGGGGAAAAUGGCGUCUUGGAUUCAGCGCCACGGUAGCUCGCACCAGACUCAACUAGCUGCUACCGCGGUGAUCUCCGGGGCUGCGGUCGCGGGUGCAAUCUUCGGUUACCAGGCAUUCAAGAGAAAGGAAGCGGUACAGCGACUCAAGGCGUCCAUUCCGGACAUUGACGGUCAACAUCAUGCGGAGAAGCUCACAGAAUACGGCGUCGCGGCCGCAGCACAGCUGAGCAAGGAGGAUGAGCGCAGCGCGGCUCUUGCUCGGAGGGCGCAGGAAGGAGACUACGAUGAUGAGCUCAUCCUCGAACAACUCGCUCGAAACCGUGUCUUCCUAUCCGAUGAGGGCCUCGCGAAGCUCCGGUCGUCAUACAUAAUCGUGGUCGGAUGUGGAGGAGUCGGGUCGCAUGCGGUGGCAUCUCUUGCUCGCUCGGGCGUGUCCAAGAUCCGUCUGAUCGACUUCGAUCAGGUUACACUGUCUUCGUUGAACCGACACGCGCUCGCAACCCUCGCCGACGUCGGAACGCCAAAGGUGCAUUGCAUCCGCAAGAGAUUGGAGCAGAUCACACCGUGGGUCAAGUUCGACUGCCGGAACGAGCUCUUCGGAGGAUCGGUGGCCGAUGAGCUCCUUGCGCCGUGGACGUGGGAUGACAACGACAAAGGGCGCAAACCCGACUAUGUGCUGGACUGCAUCGACAACAUUACGUCCAAGGUGGAACUCCUCCACUACUGCCACUCGCAUUCGAUCCCCGUGAUCUCGGCGAUGGGGGCAGGAUGCAAGUCAGACCCUACGCGCGUUACGGUCGGGGACAUCUCACUCAGCACAGAUGACCCCCUGUCGCGGAGCACUCGUCGGCGCCUGAAGCUGUUGGGAGUGAACACCGGCAUCCCUGUCGUGUUCUCCACCGAGAAGCCCGGGCCUGGUAAGGCGACUCUCCUGCCCUUGGCAGACGCCGAGUUCAGCAAAGGCCAAGUCGGGGAGUUAAGUGUCUUGCCUGACUUCCGGGCGCGAAUCCUCCCUGUGCUGGGCACGAUGCCGGCGGUGUUUGGCUACACCGUGGCGAAUCACGUCAUCUGCGAUAUUGCCGCUUAUCCGAUGGACUACAGCGUAGGCGGAAAGGGCCGCGACAAGUUGUACGAUGGAGUCUUGGCGGCAUUGCAGGGCACGCUAGAGCGCUUGGCCAGAGCGGAGUACGGCCCCAGCCUGGUUGGGCUUCGCCUUCCCAUCAGCAAAGAUGAUGUGGGAUAUCUGGUCGAUGAGAUCUGGCGGGGCAAGAGUGCGGUCAGUGGCCUGCCCAGUCGGGUCAGUCUCGUGCCUUGGGCGCGACCGGAGCGAGGCUUUGGCCCCGAUCCGGAAUGGAUGAAGGAUGGCCAAACAUUCGUUCCGCUGCAGUUGAAGGAUUUGGUUUGCAUGACCAAGGACGAGGCCACCCGCCAUGAAAAGGAAGUGCUUCUGGGCGGCAAGAAGGCGGAGGAGCUUUACGACGCGAAGACGAUUGAACUGGUGCAAAAGCGCCAACAGGAGAUGGAAUUCCACGAGCAAUAUCGGUAACGACCCGGCGAUGCUAACGCGAUGAUGUAUGCCAAUCCAUGUACAAUAUAGAAGGGCUGUCCACUAAACUGGGGAUAAAAAAAAUAGUUGGGUAUAUAUAGAACACGACCCUGACGAGUACGCGCCCACUCGUAAUAG